GCUCCCGAGAUGUUAGAGGCGCGCUGGGCGGCCGCGGAGCAGACUGCCGGGCUCCGAGAUCCGAGCUCCGCUCUCCCGCCAUGGCCCCCGCUCCGCCCCCCGCCGCCUCCUUCACGUCCGCCGAGGUCCAGCGGCGCCUGGCGGCCGGUGCCUGCUGGGUCCGUCGCGGGGCCAGUCUCUACGACCUCACCGGCUUCGUGCGGCAUCAUCCGGGGGGCGAGCAGCUGCUGCUGGCGCGGGCUGGCCAGGACAUCAGUGCCGACCUGGAUGGGCCACCUCAUAAACACUCGGACAACGCUCGCCGCUGGCUGGAGCAGUACUAUGUGGGCGAACUGCGAGCGGACCCGCAGGAUCCCACAGAGAACGGUGCUGGAGCCCCUGCAGAGACUCAGAAGACAGACGCUGCUAUUGAGCCACAGUUCAAAGUGGUAGACUGGGACAAGGACCUGGUGGACUGGCAGAAACCUCUCCUGUGGCAGGUGGGCCACUUGGGGGAAAAGUAUGAUGAGUGGGUUCACCAACCUGUGGCCAGGCCCAUUCGCCUCUUCCACUCAGACCUCAUCGAGGCCUUCUCCAAGACUGUCUGGUAUAGUGUCCCCAUCAUCUGGGUGCCCCUGGUGCUGUACCUCAGCUGGUCCUACUACCGAACCCUCACCCAGGACAACAUCCGGCUUUUUGCAUCAUUCACAAGAGAUUAUUCACUUGUGGUGCCAGAGUCGGUGUUCAUAGGCCUCUUUGUGUUGGGCAUGCUUAUCUGGACUCUUGUGGAGUACCUCAUCCACCGCUUCCUGUUCCACAUGAAGCCCCCCAGCAACAGCCAUUACCUCAUCAUGCUGCAUUUUGUCAUGCACGGACAGCACCACAAGGCACCCUUUGAUGGCUCCCGUCUGGUCUUCCCCCCAGUGCCAGCCUCUGUAGUGGUUGCCUUCUUCUAUGUGUUCCUGCGGCUCAUUCUGCCUGAGGCCGUGGCAGGCAUCCUCUUUGCUGGGGGUCUUCUGGGCUAUGUCCUCUAUGACAUGACCCACUACUACCUGCACUUUGGCUCACCACACAAGGGCUCCUAUCUGUACAACAUGAAGGCCCACCAUGUCAAGCAUCACUUCGAAUACCAGAAGUCAGGGUUCGGCAUCAGCACUAAACUGUGGGAUUACUUUUUCCACACCCUCAUUCCAGAGGAAGCCCACCCGAAGAUGCAGUGACAACCCCUAGACCCUCUGUUCUGUCCUCGGUCCAUCCCCAGCCCCUACCCCUGUCCUACCCCCACCUCCACCCGGACCUGCUGAAGUCAGCUUGGCCAGGCAGGAUGGGCUCUGUCUAGCCCUGGGGCUUGGUGGAGACCUGAAAGCAGGACCUCCCUUCUGGCUUACUGUGUGAGGAUAGCAUCCUCUGGAUAGCCAAGUGGCCCUUGGGGACUGGCUCAUUCCCAAAGAAUGAUGACCUCCCCAUCGGCGUUCCUGCCUAUGCUUCAGCCCUCAGUGCUAUUUUAGGGUCCAGAUAAUGGUCCCAAGGGGCAUGAAGGAAACUGACCCCACCUGUGCCUUAGAACCCUGGGCUCCCGGGGAGCUUCUCCAAUGCAGCAGAGGGACCAAUGUCACAUCAGAAGCAUGGUGUGCAGGCCUGUGGCCACGUCGUACUCUCCUGCCCUUUCUUGAAAGAGUUUGAUGGUUCAGAAGUAAAUGAAGGGCUUUUCCAAGAAGAGGCAGAAUGAUGCCUCCCACAGGCCAUUCCCAGACCCCAGGACAGCCAUUCUGGGCCUUGCCAACCCCAGAUACCAGCUAUACUGUCAGCUGCCUCAGCGGAAGUAAUCCAGCACUCAUCUACCUGGGCAGAGCAUGGCGGUGGGUGGCAUCCUCUACAAGGCUGACAGGAGCCCUGGCCCUUGUCUUUGGGAAUCAACAGAGGCUUUCUCUGUCUCCCCUCUCCCCCAAACCACAAAACUGCUCCCCAACAGAGGCUGGAGAAGUCUGUGUUGGUAAGGGCCCCACCCUAGCCCCGGCCAUAUUGACCUCCACCUGCACAGGUAGAAAUCUGCCCCCACUCAGGACCCUCCCAGCAGUGCCUCCUGAAGCCAAGAAGGGGCUUUUAUGUGGUGCCUUAUUACCCUCCCCUCCUCCUAGACUGUUCUUCCUCAUAACCACAGCCCUCACUGCUCCCGAGUCUUAUUUAUAAACUACAUAAAUAUUCUUAAUCUGGCCCCAAAUGAAGUAGCUGGUCAGAUGGUCCUUUCUAAUCCUAUGUAUUGAGCUUAUGUAAAAAAAAGAAAAAUCAUCUUGCCUUCCUUUUUGUUCCUUUCUUACCCAUAAGAGAUUACUACUUGAAACUUGUCAAAAACCCAAUGGGUGCAAAGACUAAAGAGAGGCAGUGUGACCAGUCUAUGAUUUGUACUGUUUACGGUGAAGCUAUCUAGAGAUUUUGGGAUAAAUAUACAAAACUGCAGUUGUGAAAUAAAGAUGUAAAUAAAUUGUAUAUUUUGAAAAAUAAAACAUUGAGAAGAAACCAA